GUGCACCAUUAAUGAUUAGCUCCUUCUCUUCCGUCCUGUGUCUACAGCGGUAGGCCGUAGCGGACGUAGUAGUGCGUCGGAGACGAGAGAGGAGGAAGCUGCACCUUCUUCAAAGAUAGCUCCUUUGAAGCUUCAUUGGCCAGUAGAAAGCCGACUGCAAAAGGGAGCCAAGUGUGUGGGACCAGUCUAGACUGUGGAGAGAGAGGGUUUUAUGAUUGAUAAUGGAGGCGUUAUGGUGGCGAAUGUUGUGGUGAUAUUGCUGCCGCUUUAAUGGGGUGAUAAGAUAACUGCUGUUACUGCUGCCCUUGCAAUCGGACCUGGAAAAGGAGAAGAGCAAAUUGGGAUAGGGAUCGACUGUUAUCGCUGCGCUGCUCCGCUGCAGGUGGUGGCGGUGACGAGAGGAGGCGACGCGUUCUCCAUGGCGUAUGAGGCAGCGGCUCGUGUCGGCGCGAGGGCGGAAGGAGUUCAGAGCGGGAAAGGUCUUGGAGGAGGGGAUGUUCUCUACGAGGAGCUGUGGAGGGCGUGCGCGGGACCGCUGGUGGAAGUGCCGCGGGCCGACGACCGUGUGUUCUACUUCCCCCAGGGUCAUAUCGAACAGUUGGAGGCGUCGACGAAUCAGGAGUUGAAUCAGCAGAUUCCUCUCUUCAAUCUCCCUUACAAGAUUCUCUGCCGCGUCGUCGAUGUUCGUUUGAAGGCCGAUCCUGAAACAGAUGAAGUGUUUGCUCAAAUUGUACUCCUCCCCGAAGCAGAUCAACGUGAGCCUACGAGCUCUGAACCACGUCUCCCGGAACAGCCGAGGCCGACGGUCUACUCUUUCUGCAAGAUCUUGACAGCCUCAGACACCAGCACUCAUGGCGGAUUCUCUGUUCUCCGGAGACAUGCCACGGAAUGCCUUCCUCCGCUUGACAUGUCGCAGCAGACCCCAACCCAAGAACUCGUUGCCAAGGAUCUCCACAACUUCGAAUGGAGAUUCAAGCACAUCUACAGAGGUCAACCGCGGAGGCACUUGCUCACCACUGGGUGGAGUACCUUCGUCACCUCAAAGAGAUUAGCUGCUGGGGAUGCAUUUGUUUUUCUAAGAGGGGAGAACGGAGAACUGCGUGUGGGGGUACGAUGCCUCGCUCGUCAGCGGUCGGCGAUUCCAGCAUCAGUGAUAUCAAGCCAAAGCAUGCAUCUUGGUGUUCUUGCAGCUGCGUCACAUGCUGUGACUACAAACACCCUCUUCACCGUCUACUACAAGCCAAGGACAAGUCAAUUCAUUAUCAGUGUCAACAAGUACUUGAAAGCUUUGCAAGAAGGUUACACGCUGGGGGCAAGAUUUAAGAUGAGAUUUGAGGGUGAAGAUGUUCCUGAGAAAAGGUUUUCUGGGACCGUAAUUGGGAUUGAAGACUGUUCUUCUCAGUGGACAGGUUCUAAGUGGAGAUCAUUGAAGGUUCAAUGGGAUGAAGCAUGCAAUAUCGAUCGACCUGAGAGAGUUUCUCCAUGGGAGAUCGAGCCUUUCAAUGCCUUGACGCCUGCUUCAAGUUUAGCACAGCCGGUUGUUGUGAAGUCGAAAAGAUCUAGGCAACCCAGUGACACUGCUGAUCUCUCGAUCCUUGAACCUACCGCGGCAUUCUGGUACUCAGGGACGAACGAGCCACAUGAAAUGUUAUCAUUCACUGGCACCGAUGCUGAAAACCUUGAGACUCAUGAUGCUUGGCCAUGCAUUCAGAAGGAACGCAAGGGAAAUGAUAUCGUGAUUGCCUCGAGUUCUCAUGAUCAAGUAUUUUGCGAUGGUUGGUUUAGGGAAGUCCAAACUCCACGGAGGAGCUCACCUUCCUUGCUAAAUUCUCUGAAUCUUUUCCAAGAAACAAAUGAAGAGACCAAGUGUGCUGCUUACACCAAUUGUAUUGAUAAGGAUCCAUCUCUGAAGUUUGGCAAUGGUGAAGAUGAAUCGAGGAAGCCUGAAGGUCGCAGCAUCACUUACAGGUUAUUUGGAAUUGAUCUGUUCAGUCACUCCAAUUGCACAGCUGAUACAGACAUGGUGACCGGAUUGCCUUUCAGCAACUCCGAUCAGAAAUUGGGGUUUUCAAAAUCUUCAAAGGAGCAAAAACAAUCCCCACAGGACAAUUCAAAGGAGAUGUAUGGUAGACAUAGUUGUUCGGGCAGAAGCCGCACGAAGGUUCACAUGCAUGGCCUCGCGGUAGGCCGAGCUGUGGAUCUGACGGUUCUCGAAGGAUAUGAUGAGCUGCUAGCGGAGUUGGAGCAGAUGUUCAAGAUCGAAGGGGAACUCCAACACCGGAACAAAUGGGAAGUUGUCUUCACGGAUGAUGAGGGUGAUAUGAUGCUAGCUGGGGAUGAUCCGUGGCUGUACUUUCCUUCGAGACCUUCUCAUCUCAUUUCUCAAUGUGCUUUAUCUUGUUGCUUUUGUAUCAGUGGCUAAUAAUUCAAAUGUGAAUUGAGCAGGGAAUUCUGCAAUAUGGCCAGAAAGAUAUUCAUCUACCCUACUGAAGAGGUGAAGAAAAUGAAGCCAAGAGGCAGGCUUACUCCGGUGGCUGACGGCGAAGAACAUGUUCUUUGUUCCGAAAAGGAUUCUACAACUGAAGUAUGAUAGCAACAUCAGUUGAUGCAAUCGACUUCAAGUAACAUCACUAGAAUUCAGCUCAUGUUUUUAAGAGCUUUGGAGAGACAUGAAUUACCAGAGGAAUGCUCAUAGCAACAAAACUAGAUUAUCAGAAGAACCAGGUGUUGCAGAAGGGGAAAACAGGGGAUAUGCUUGUGUUUUCUGGUUCUGCAGGUCUCUGCUGUCUUUGCCAUCUUCCAUAAUGCCAUUGUGAUCAACUUGUAAAUACAUGGCUUGAAUAUUUUGCCUUUGCCAUUUUUGUGUGAACUGUCAGUUGUUUCAGUUUAGUGAAGUCAAUUGUUCACCUUUUUAUGUUCCAAAUUGAUUUGUGCCACAAGCUCAUUAAAUCUGAGGAUGGCAUGGGUUUCCUUGCA